AUGGUUAAUCGUGGCCCUUCCAGAGGUUGCAUCACCUGCAAAAGACGUCGCGUCAAAUGUGACGAGACGAAGCCUUCAUGCAAGGCAUGCAAUCGUGUCGGUCGCGAGUGUGCAGGUUACAAAAAGCAACCCGUUCGCCUACGAUUCAAAGACGAGACUUCACGUUGUGUGAAUAAAUUCAAAUCACCAGAUCGGAUAAUCACUACCAUCAUCACAGAGCACGAGGUUUCUGGGUUUUCUGAGACUCCAGGAUUACUUCCAAGUCGCCUUCCAAAACAGCAGGAUGCGGCUGUGGCUUUCUUUCUCACGUAUGUCACCAACGUUGGCCGGAAUAUGGAGUCGACAAGAGGGUUCCUAGAAUUUGUCCGUCCCAUCUUGGCAACUGAAUCUCACAAUUCCGCGCUAUCCGCUGCAGUCAAUGCGACUUCUAUCAAGCUCUGGACAUUACUACAACCAACUGGCAUCACUAGUUCUUUACCUAUCAGAUUAUACAAUCAAGCACUCGUAAAGCUACAGGAGGCUGUGUAUAGCCCUGAAGAGCAAGGAAAAGAUGCGACCGUCAUUGCGGCGCUCAUGUUGCAGCAAUGUGACACCUUGGCUGCCAUAUUCGGACAUAACAAAUCAAAUACCACGCACAGAAAGGGCGCCUUGGCCCUGCUGACACAAAAUGGCAUGGGGAAGUUCAAACAUCACGGACAUUUGCUUGGAAAUCUUUUCCACGCUAAAAUAUCGUUCUGUGUCAGACACAAAGUUUCAUUGACUGAAGGCGAGCUAGAUUGGGUACAAAGCAAGAUAAUACCGGCUCUACCAGCAAAUCCUAGCUACUCGCUCGACAUUAUCGGCGUGUCUAUUUCUAGGCUUCAGACGAUUCACAACCUGUCAGCAUCUCCAAAAGUGGAAAUAUCCUUGGCAGCACUGCAAGAGCUUCCAUCCAUUAUUUGUGAAGUCGAGGCACAGCUCCAUGCUUGGCUGCAUACUGUACCUGAGAUUUGGCACCGUCAGACCAUACAAGCUAAGGAUACCAUGACGCCAGGUAUAGAUACCUACGACGGCUCGGUCGUUAUAUAUCCGAGCAUUCAAAUUACAAACAUAUGGAACAUGUGGCGGAUCUAUCGUCUCAUCGUCGAGGAAGUCAAAAGAAACCUUUUCAACAACUUGGUCACAGAAAGUGUUAAUCCCCAGGUAAAAAGAAGCCAGGAAACACAGGAUCUAAUCAAGUCCAUUUGUCGGAGUAUACCAUUCUACCUCGGCAAUCUCUCCAAGCCGGUGAGCUUCACAGAUAUCAACGAUCAGAAACUCCACUUCCCCUGCUUUCACGACUUGUUGCCGACAAGCGAGACAUUCAUCGCUUACAAGAAGAGCAAUCACUAUGUUUCGAGGAUCGACCACAAUCGUCAUAAUGUCAUCCACGGCCCUAUCGCUUCCUUGAGUGUUUUAUCGAGUCUUAUUAGACUCUUCGAGGAACACAGCCCACCACUAUUAUCAGCUGAGGAUGAACUGCAGAGACAGAAACGAUGGAUAUAUGGGCAGUUUCGCCGCUCACUUCACUUGAUGCGAUUUAUACCCGCCGACCACGAUGAGACAGGGGAGACGUACUGGCAGUCUGGGAAUGGUGAGAUGAUGAACACACAACUGGCUGAUGAUAUCCGCCAAGCACUUUGCACAGUCAACUUGCUGUGA